AUGGCGCAGGCGGAGCGCGAGCGCAUGAGCGUGGUCAUGUUCCCGUGGCUGGCGCACGGCCACAUCAACCCGUACCUCGAGCUAGCCAGGCGCCUCACCGCCGUCACCACCUCCCACCUCGACGUCGUCGUCCACCUCGUCUCCACGCCGGCCAACCUCGCGCCCCUCGCUUCCCACCAGACGGACAGGAUCAACCUCGUCCCGCUCCACCUCCCCUCGCUCCCCGACCUCCCGCCCGCGCUGCACACCACCAAGCGCCUCCCGGCCCGCCUCAUGCCGGCCCUCAAGCGCGCCUGCGACCUCGCCGCGCCCCGCUUCGGCGCGCUCCUCGACGGCCUCCGCCCGCGCCCGGACGUCCUCCUCUACGACUUCAUCCAGCCGUGGGCGCCGCUCGAGGCCGCCGCGCGCGGGGUGCCGGCCGUGCACUUCAGCACGUGCAGCGCCGCCGCCACGGCGUUUUUCGCUCACUGCCUGGAGAACGAGCGCGUCCCCCGCGCGUUCCCGUUCGAGGCCAUCAGCCUCGGCGGGCCUGAUGAGGACGCUAAGUACACCGCGCUGCUCGCCAUCCGCUGCGACGGCGGCACCGCGCUGGUCCCCGAGCGCGACCGCCUGCCGCUCAGCCUGGACCGCUCCUCCGGGUUCGUGGCCGUCAAGACGUGCGCCGACAUCGAGCGCAAGUACAUGGACUACCUGUCCCAGCUCGUCGGCAAGGAGAUCGUGCCCACAGGACCGCUGCUCACCGACGGCGAUGGAUCGCAGGACGAGCACGGGGGUUCCGAACGCGUGAUUCAGUGGCUCGACGGGGAGCAGCCGGCCUCCGUGGUGCUCGUCUCAUUCGGCAGCGAGUACUUCAUGUCGGAGAGCCAGAUGGCGCAGAUGGCGCACGGCCUGGAGCUGAGCGGCGUCCCUUUCCUGUGGGUGGUGCGGUUCCCGGACGCCGAGGACGACGUUCGCGGCGCGGCGAGGUCCAUGCCGCCAGGGUUCGCUCCGGCGCGGGGGAUGGUGGCGGAGGGGUGGGUGCCGCAGCGGCGCGUCCUGUCGCACCCUUCCUGCGGCGCGUUCCUGACCCACUGCGGGUGGAGCUCGGUGCUGGAGUCCAUGGCGGCGGGGGUUCCCAUGGUGGCCCUGCCGCUGCACAUCGACCAGCCGCUGAACGCCAACCUCGCGGCGGAGGUGGGCGCGGCGGCCGCGCGCGUGCAGCAGGAGUGGUUCGGAGAGUUCACGGCGGAGGAAGUGGCUCGGGCGGUGCGCGCCACCGUGAACGGGAAGGAGGGGGAGGCGGCGAGGCGCCGCGCGAGGGAGCUGCGGGAGGUGGUGGCGCGGAACGACGGCGACGACGCGCACAUCGCGGCGCUGCUCCAGAGGAUGGCGCGGCUCUGCAGUAAGGGCCAAGCCGUGCCGAAUUAG